UUUUUUCUUUUUUUAAUUUUUGGUCGGUGGCGGCGGUGCUGGGCCAGGGGAAGAAAGGGACACGGAGGCCGCCCUCGCCCCGCCAUCACCCACCCGCUUCCCCCCCGCCUCGGCUCCGGGAGAUGUACCGGGCGGGGGGCCCGGGUUCGCGGAGUCGCAGGAGAGACGCGCAGGACCGACCUCAGAGCUCGGCUGGACAGGCUGGUGGGCCAGGCCGUGGUGCCCGCGUGGUAAUGCAGGGCGAGGCCCCUCGCACAGGCCACUGAGAGCCCCGGACACGCCCCCGGCUGCCGUCAUGGCCCGCCUGGCCGCAGUGCUCUGGAGUCUGUGUGUCACCGCUGUCCUGGUCACCUCAGCCACCCAAGGCCUGAGCCGGGCUGGGCUCCCAUUCGGGCUGAUGCGCCGGGAGCUGGCAUGCGAAGGCUACCCCAUCGAGCUGCGGUGCCCAGGCAGUGACGUCAUCAUGGUGGAGAAUGCCAACUACGGGCGCACAGAUGACAAGAUCUGCGAUGCCGACCCUUUCCAGAUGGAAAAUGUGCAGUGCUACCUGCCAGAUGCCUUCAAGAUCAUGUCGCAGAGGUGCAACAACCGCACUCAGUGUGUGGUGGUCGCCGGCUCUGAUGCCUUUCCCGACCCUUGUCCUGGGACCUACAAGUACCUGGAGGUGCAGUACGACUGUGUCCCCUACAAAGUGGAGCAGAAAGUCUUCGUGUGCCCAGGGACUCUGCAGAAGGUGCUGGAGCCCACCUCCACACACGAGUCGGAGCACCAAUCUGGAGCAUGGUGCAAGGACCCGCUGCAGGCGGGCGACCGCAUCUACGUGAUGCCCUGGAUCCCCUACCGCACGGACACGCUCACCGAGUACGCCUCGUGGGAGGACUACGUGGCCGCGCGCCACACCACCACUUACCGCCUGCCCAACCGCGUGGACGGCACGGGCUUCGUGGUCUACGACGGCGCCGUCUUCUACAACAAGGAGCGCACGCGCAACAUUGUCAAGUACGACCUGCGGACGCGCAUCAAGAGUGGGGAGACGGUCAUCAACACCGCCAACUACCAUGACACCUCGCCCUACCGCUGGGGGGGCAAGACCGACAUCGACCUGGCCGUGGACGAGAACGGGCUGUGGGUCAUCUACGCCACGGAGGGCAACAACGGGCGGCUCGUGGUGAGCCAGCUCAACCCCUACACGCUGCGCUUUGAGGGCACGUGGGAGACGGGCUACGACAAGCGCUCGGCGUCCAACGCCUUCAUGGUGUGCGGUGUCCUCUACGUGCUGCGCUCCGUGUACGUGGACGACGACAGUGAGGCAGCCGGCAACCGCGUGGACUACGCCUUCAACACCAAUGCCAACCGCGAGGAGCCCGUCAGCCUCGCCUUCCCCAACCCCUAUCAGUUCGUCUCCUCCGUCGACUACAACCCUCGCGACAACCAGCUCUACGUCUGGAACAACUACUUCGUGGUGCGCUACAGCCUGGAGUUUGGGCCGCCCGACCCCAGUGCUGGCCCAGCCACUUCCCAACCCCUCAGCACGACCACCACAGCCCGGCCCACACCCCUCACCAGCACUGCCUCACCUGCAGCCACCACCCCACUCCGCCGGGCGCCCCUCACCACACACCCAGUGGGUGCCAUCAACCAGCUGGGACCUGACCUACCUCCAGCCACAGCUCCGGCACCUAGCACCCGGAGGCCCCCAGCCCCCAAUCUGCACGUGUCCCCCGAGCUCUUCUGUGAGCCCCGAGAGGUACGGCGGGUCCAGUGGCCGGCCACCCAGCAGGGCAUGCUGGUGGAGAGGCCCUGCCCCAAGGGAACUCGAGGAAUUGCCUCCUUCCAGUGUCUACCAGCCCUGGGGCUCUGGAACCCCCGGGGCCCUGACCUCAGCAACUGCACCUCCCCCUGGGUCAACCAGGUGGCCCAGAAGAUCAAGAGCGGGGAGAAUGCGGCCAACAUUGCAAGCGAGCUGGCCCGCCAUACCCGGGGCUCCAUCUACGCGGGGGAUGUGUCCUCCUCCGUGAAGCUGAUGGAACAGCUGCUGGACAUCCUGGAUGCCCAGCUGCAGGCGCUGCGGCCCAUCGAGCGCGAGUCAGCUGGCAAGAACUAUAACAAGAUGCACAAGCGAGAGAGAACCUGCAAGGAUUAUAUCAAGGCCGUGGUAGAGACAGUGGACAACCUGCUCCGGCCAGAGGCUCUCGAGUCCUGGAAGGACAUGAAUGCCACAGAGCAGGUGCACACAGCCACCAUGCUCCUGGAUGUCCUGGAGGAGGGCGCCUUCCUGCUGGCCGACAAUGUCAGGGAGCCUGCCCGCUUCCUGGCUGCCAAGGAGAAUGUGGUCCUGGAGGUCACAGUCCUGAACACGGAGGGCCAGGUGCAGGAGCUGGUGUUCCCCCAGGAGUACCCGAGGAAGAACUCCAUCCAGCUGUCCGCCAACACCAUCAAGCAGAACAGCCGAAAUGGGGUUGUCAAAGUUGUCUUCAUUCUCUACAACAACCUGGGCCUCUUCCUGUCCACGGAGAAUGCCACGGUGAAGUUGGCGGGUGAAGCAGGCCCAGGGGGCCCAGGGGGCGCCUCCCUGGUGGUGAACUCGCAGGUCAUUGCAGCGUCCAUCAACAAGGAGUCCAGCCGUGUCUUCCUCAUGGACCCUGUCAUCUUCACCGUGGCCCAUCUAGAGGACAAGAACCACUUCAAUGCUAACUGCUCCUUCUGGAACUACUCGGAGCGUUCCAUGCUGGGCUACUGGUCGACCCAGGGCUGCCGUUUGGUGGAGUCCAACAAGACCCAUACCACGUGUGCCUGCAGCCACCUCACCAACUUUGCAGUGCUCAUGGCUCACCGUGAGAUCUACCAGGGCCGCAUCAAUGAACUGCUGCUGUCAGUCAUCACCUGGGUGGGCAUCGUGAUCUCCCUGGUCUGCCUGGCCAUCUGCAUCUCCACCUUCUGCUUCCUGCGGGGGCUGCAGACUGACCGCAACACCAUCCACAAGAACCUGUGCAUCAACCUCUUCCUGGCCGAGUUGCUCUUCCUGGUCGGGAUAGACAAGACUCAGUAUGAGAUUGCCUGCCCCAUCUUUGCUGGUUUGCUGCACUACUUCUUCCUGGCUGCCUUCUCCUGGCUGUGCCUGGAGGGUGUGCACCUCUACCUGCUGCUGGUGGAGGUGUUUGAGAGCGAGUAUUCCCGCACCAAGUACUACUACCUGGGCGGCUACUGCUUUCCGGCCCUGGUGGUAGGCAUCGCAGCCGCCAUUGACUACCGCAGCUAUGGCACCGAGAAGGCCUGCUGGCUCCGAGUGGACAAUUACUUCAUCUGGAGCUUCAUUGGGCCCGUGUCAUUUGUUAUCGUGGUGAAUCUGGUGUUCCUCAUGGUGACCCUGCACAAGAUGAUCCGAAGUUCAUCCGUGCUCAAACCUGACUCCAGUCGCCUUGACAACAUUAAAUCCUGGGCCCUGGGGGCCAUUGCGCUGCUCUUCCUGCUGGGUCUUACCUGGGCUUUUGGCCUCCUCUUCAUCAACAAGGAGUCAGUGGUCAUGGCCUAUCUUUUCACCACCUUCAACGCCUUCCAGGGGGUCUUCAUCUUCGUCUUUCACUGCGCCUUACAGAAGAAGGUGCACAAGGAGUACAGCAAGUGCCUGCGUCACUCCUACUGCUGCAUCCGCUCCCCGCCAGGGGGUACUCACGGCUCCCUCAAGACUUCAGCCAUGCGAAGCAACACCCGCUACUACACAGGGACCCAGAGCCGAAUCCGGAGGAUGUGGAACGACACUGUGAGGAAACAGACUGAGUCCUCCUUCAUGGCGGGCGACAUCAACAGCACCCCCACCCUGAACCGAGGUACCAUGGGCAACCACCUGCUGACCAACCCUGUGCUGCAGCCUCGUGGGGGCACAAGCCCCUACAACACCCUCAUUGCUGAGUCGGUGGGCUUCAAUCCCUCCUCGCCCCCUGUCUUCAACUCCCCAGGGAGCUUCCGGGAACCCAAGCACCCCUUGGGAGGCCGGGAAGCCUGCGGCAUGGACACCCUGCCCCUUAACGGCAACUUCAACAACAGUUACUCCUUGCGAAGCGGAGAUUUCCCUCCAGGGGACGGGGGACCUGAGCCGCCCCGGGGCCGGAACCUGGCCGACGCCGCUGCCUUCGAGAAGAUGAUCAUCUCAGAGCUAGUGCAUAACAACCUGCGGGGGAGCAGCAGUGGGGUCAAGGGCCCUCCACCACCCGAGCCCCCUGUGCCACCUGUGCCCGGGGGUAGUGGCGAGGAAGAGGCAGGCGGGCCCGGGAGUGCUGACCGGGCGGAGAUUGAACUUCUGUAUAAGGCCCUGGAGGAGCCACUGCUGCUGCCCCGGGCCCAGUCGGUGCUGUACCAGAGUGAUCUGGACGAGUCAGAGAGCUGCACGGCAGAGGACGGCGCCACCAGCCGGCCCCUCUCCUCCCCUCCAGGCCGGGACUCCCUCUAUGCCAGCGGGGCCAACCUGCGGGACUCACCCUCCUACCCGGACAGCAGCCCUGAGGGGCCCAGCGAGGCCCUGCCCCCGCCCCCGCCCGCACCACCCGGUCCCCCUGAAAUCUACUACACCUCGCGCCCGCCAGCCCUGGUGGCCCGGAACCCCCUGCAGGGCUACUACCAAGUGCGGCGGCCUAGCCACGAGGGCUACCUGGCAGCACCCGGCCUCGAGGGGUCAGGGCCCGAUGGGGAUGGGCAGAUGCAGCUGGUCACCAGUCUCUGAGGGGACCUCACGGACCAGGGGCUGGUGGCCCAGGCCAGGGAGGGAACUCUUGGCAGGGCUCUGGUGGGAGAGGGAAACUGAUGGAGGCAGUGGCUGGUGGGCCACUCUCUCCAGGUGCCCCUCAGCCAUGGGGCUCUGACAUGGGGGCCCAAGGUGCCAGGGUUCAUAGACAGGGUUUCCCACCAGCCACAUGCACCAGCUCCAUUUGGGGCAAGUGCAGUGAGGAGGAGCCCAGAGGUCCCCAGGGGAGUGAGGGAGAAACCGGAAGGGUGCAGCCCACGUCUUGAUGCCCCCUUCCCCUCUACUCUUCCUAAUUCCUGGAGGGAAAUGAGGGAUUUGGUUUCCUUGGGCAGGGAAGGGCAACUUCAGAGGUUGCCAAAGGCCCCUGCUGGAUUGCACCUGUCAGCUGCUCCUCUCCUCAGCCAGAAAUGCUGCUGGCUGCACAGGGAGGGAGGAGCACGGCAGGAGGACAGAUGGACAGGUUCCUCCUGCACUACGGUUCCCUGUUCAUGGAAACGGAGGCCUCUGGCCUGGCAGAAAGCCCCAGAGUGAGGGGAAUGGGCGGUGUGGCUGGUGGUUUAAAGUUCGAACUUUCUCUGAAGCUCCUUCCCUCUUGCUCUUGUUCCUGCCCCCAAGCAAGCCUGCCCCCUCAGCCCUCCAAGAGUGCACCCAAUGACCCCCUCCCUUGGGGCGACUCCUGAUGAAGCACAACUCCCCGCAGGGCCCCUAGCCCACAGGGGUGGCCAUAUUUGGGCAGUUCCCAGUCCUGUGGGCUUGGCGAUCUGGGGAGCAGAUUUUGGGUCUGGAUCUCCCUGGGGAAUGGUUCCUGGGCUUGGAUCUUUCCCUAGGGGGCCCUCUUACCCCUUCUUCUCUCCUCCUCCUCCCCCAUUGCUGUAAAUAUUUCAACAAAAUGGAAAAGAAAAAAAAAAAGAAAGAAAAAAAGAAAAAAUCUCAUCACUUGAAGCCACCCGGGAGCCUGCGGCCCAGGCCAGCCCAGGCUUUCUCCGGUGCAGAGCGGUGCUGCUGGCCCCAGCAGCCAGGACUUCUCUGUGUAUGUGUGCAUCCCCAGCCAGGAUGGGCGGGCCACCAGAGCAGCUUUUUACAAUCCAGAGACAGAAAACAAAAUCUAGAAGCAACAUUGCAAAACAAAGAACCCAUUUCCUUCCCGGCACCAUUUCUGUCACCUCCUUUCCUGCUCCGCCUGCCCCUGGCAUCAGUCAGCCCUCCUGGGGUGUGUACCUCACUACCUGCCCCAGGACCAGAGGCCUGUCCCCCCUACCCCCCAUUGGCCCGGGGGAGACAUCCUCACACCCAAAGAUGCUUUUGCCACAAUGGCUGCGCUAUCCCUUGAGUUCCUGCUUCUUGUAUAUUGCUUCUGUGGCUCUGGGCCAGGGAAGGGGCUGGCUUCCCAUCUAGAGAGGGUGAUGGGGGAAGGAAAGUGGGAAGGAGCUGUAAUAGAGGUGGCAGUGUUUAAUGGUGGUGGGUAUGGCUGAGGAGGGAGGGCUGAGAGUGGUGAGGUCUCUCUGAGGGAAAGGGGGGCAAAGGUGAGAGAUCACCUUCCCUACCCUUCACCUUCCCGCGGGGAAGGCAAAGCCUGGUCCCAGGGCCUGGGGUCAGGACGCCUAUGUUCUGAGGGCCUUACCCCAAACCCCCAGACCAGAUCCUGGAAGUUCCAGGCUUGGAUGUCCCCUAAGUACCUCUAACAGCCUCGCAGCUCCCUCCUCUCCAGCCUGCCAGCCUAACCUUCCCAGCCCCCACCCAACUCGGGGAGUAGCAUAGCCCUGUUGCCACACUAGCCCAGCCCCUUCAUUGCCAUUACCCCAGGGGUGGCCCCUCCACCUCUGCUCUGACCUCUCCCUGUCUCUGCCCCUUCCUCUUUUCUCACAAGUGCCAUGAGUUUUCAAACAUCUUCGGGUCUCAGCCUGCUGCUGCCAUGAAUUUCUUUAGGUUACGGGGGAGGGGCUCUAGGAAAGAACUGGGGGGAAGGGGACAGACGGAUAGGUGGCUGGAGGGAUCCUUUUUGCUGCUAGAAAGCCCCUCCUCCUGGGGAGCUGGGGCUGGCUUAUCCUCAUCAAUUAGGGGAGAAGGGGUCAGACCAAAGAUGGUGGUUUGUCCCAUGUAAGGGAACAGGUGUGGGGAGAAGGCAGGGUUGGGUUCCACCUCUGGCUUUUCCAGGUAGGAAGGCUUACCCAUUUCACCAGAAGACUGUAGGUGAGGUCUAGAUGGGGAGAAGGAUGGGGACAGUCUUGCCAGAUGACUCUGAGGAGGUCAGGAGACAGCUCCAUGGCUCUUCCUUGGCUUCAUUAGGCCACGGGCUCCACUGUGUGGAGGGGCCACUAGUCUGUGAAGAACUGGCCGGAGACUAGGGGAGAUGGAGGAGUUGGCCCAGCCCAGGUGUCUGCCCAGCUAUGGCCUGAGGCUGCUUCUAACACCAAUAAGAGGACUGGAAGUCCAGGCAGGGUGGGAGAGUUCGUAGGGGGACUGAAGGUAUACAAGGAGUCCCACUUCCUCUCCCUGCUCAGCCCUCCUUUUAUCUCUCCAGACUCAGACAAUCAAGGGGAGAGAGGGUGUGGUGGGUCCGUUGGGUCCCAUUCCAGUUGGAAUAACCAAGGUGGAUUCUGAGGCCUCAGACCUGCAUGGCAGGGCCCCCUGGUGGGGCUGGACACACCAGUGCAGUCCAGUGCAAAGCCACCCCAAGAGCCCAGGUGUACCCCACCCCAACCAGACCUGGUGCCUUGAUGCCCCCACCCCAGCUGGGACAGUACAGAGAAGGGUCUUGGUUUCCUCUGCCUUCCUUGGGCUCCUGAAUUCAUUUGCUCCUAAAUCUUGUUAAUUCCUUUUCUCUGGAUUUUCUUUUUCUUUUGGGUUUCCCUUGCCUUCCCUUUCUCUCUUAUGUCUCCACCUCUCUUUCCCUGUGUCUUUUUCGCUAUCUCUGUUCCUUUCUUCUCUCAUCCUCAAUUUCUCUCUGUCCAUGCGGGCCUCCUCCCCCUUCUCCCAUGUUCCUAUUUCCUCCCUCCUUGGUCUCCUUUUCGAUAUGCCAAACCAAUUUUGGGUCGAGUGCAUUUAAUGAGAACAAAAAAGGCUCAUAACAAGAACGUUUCAGAAAAAAACAAAAAGUUUAAAAAAAAUUGUUGAGUCAAAAAGUCAAACAAUAAAGAAAUUAAGAUUUCUUGGAAUGACA